AUGGACAAGUAUCGCGAGACUGCGACCUUGCUGCUUAACCACCUGCAUGUAUACCUAGAGUCAGUCCACCUUGCCACCAUAGUGUCAUAUGUAGCCCUCUCUACAUUUUUAUUAUUUUUAUUCCGCACUAUCCGUUGCAACUAUCUGCUCAGACAUUCCAAAAAACAAGCAAGUAAUCACUCGACUCAAUUCGGACUUGGACAUGAACCUGUCAAUCAACCGAUUCACUACGCUGCCGAGUUGGAUUAUAAUCAAGAUAUGCCAAAUCAAAAUAGUAACAGCUUGAAACUAAAGAAAUUCCAAAAUAAUCGAGCUAAGCUGGCCAUACAAGACUCGGGUGUGGGAUUUUUGGAAGGCAUAGGGUCUGAUGAUGGUUUAUCUCGAAAGGUGGAUGCACUUUCAACAAGAAUUGGAGCAAUCGAAGCGUGGAUGCAAGAUAUUCAACGCCAGCUUUCGUCAAUCGUACCUAUUUCUAAUCAUCAAUCUGGAUUCUCUAGUACGCAUAAUCAUGACAUUCAUGAGACUUUGGUAGUUGCACCGCCUCCACCACCACCACCUCCUCCUCCAAUGAAUUUGAAUCACUCUAAUAAACUCGUCAUCGUUCGAUCAGAAAAAACGCAAGAAGAAACCAAACCAACAAUGAGCCAAGUUCUCAAAGAACUAUCAUCUCUCAAAGUCAAAGUAGGCAGUCUUAUCAACUCACCUCGAAGCACCUACUUGACAAAACGAACACAUGGAGAUCAACCCAAGCCUCCAUCUCGUCUGUCUAUUGUGCAAGAAAACCCAUUUUUAACUUCGACUGGACCACAACAAUUGAAUCAUGUCCUUACAUCAAAUGAAAAUUCAGCAUAUCAAGGAAACAGGGCUCCUGUAUCUUUGGCAGAUGCACCUCAGUACUUGGCACGGGAGAUUCAAGCCAUUAGACUAAAAAAGACAGAUAUUCCUCGAUCACCAGGCGGCACGACAAUAUUGCCUCUACGCAGAAGUAGACGACACGGUGGAUUACAUCCAGAUUCAAUCGUUCAUUCGCUGCAACAACGGUUUGCUAAUGCGUAUCCAUCUGACAUGGACGGAGCAAGUAUGGAUUCUAGUCCAUUCUCUCCUGAAACCAAAUAA